CUCCGAUGCGGGGCCCCACGGCGCUGUCCCUGCGCUCUGAGGCCGGUUCGGACUGAAAAAGUUUCUCCAUGGUUCCUUUGUGUCGCCUGAGCGCUCGAUCGCUGGCUCCGAACUGCCUCAGUCUUACCGGCAGGAGGAGGUGGCGGAGCAGCUAGUGGGCAGCUGGCACCCCCCCUGCACAAGCCUCCGCCCUAGGGGCUAGCUCCGCACUCCACCGGCUCGCCAUGAUCGCCACCGGCGGCCUACUGAGGAUUUCCGCCAGAAAGCAGGAUCCCCUCCGCCCCCCUAGCCAGGUUCCCAAGCGAAAGCGGAAAACCAAGAAGAGGCGCAAGAACGAUGUGGUGGUGGUGAAAGGCAAGCUGAAGCUGUGCUCGGUCUCUGGGCUCAUCGCCCUCUGCGGGAUCUUGGUGCUGCUGGUGGGCAUAGCUAUGGCAGUGGUGGGCUACUGGCCCAAAGCCAACGGGGCCAACAGGGAGGAGGGCAGGCAGCUGCUGCCCUCCAGCAGCGGCCACCGCGUCCCAACCGCAGCCAAUAGCAGCAGCAAAAACACGUCUAAGGGCCUCCUGGGGCCUGUGGAGGGUGUCAACUCCAGUUCCGUGGGCGUGCCCAGGAACACACCUCCAGCGCGUUCCACCGCCCCUUCUCCAUCUUCCUCCAAGUCGGUGAGUUUCUUCUUUAGCGUCUUCUCUGGCUACCUGAACUCUGACAAGCUCAAGGUCUUCGGGCCCCUCAUCAUGGGUAUCGGCAUCUUCCUCUUCAUCUGCGCCAACGCGGUGCUCCACGAAAAUCGAGACAAGAAGACCAAGAUCAUCAACCUGCGAGACCUCUACUCCACGGUCAUCGACGUGCACAGCCUCCGAGCCAAAGACCUGGCCGCCGCCGCCGCCGCAGCCGCUGCUGCUGCCUCCUCGUCCUCGACCCCCGCCUCGGCGACCGCGGGGGCCGCGCCACUCAAUGGCUUCCUCAGCUACGUGCAGUCGCGGGGCCUGGAGCUGAAGCCUGGUAGCUGUAGUGGCGCUGGGGACGCCUUCGGGGCGACAGCGAUGCUAGCCAGGGGCUCGUGGCCCCACCCCGCAGCCCUGGGCGGCGGCGGCGGCGGCAGGGCCAGGGACCUAGUGUCCCCAUCAGACCUGGCCUCGUCCUCCCGCUGCCUGCCGGAGCCCCCGAGCCUGGCAGAGGCCGUGUACAGCAUUUACCGCGAGCGCUCAUGCGUGGUCGGCCGUCGCCGGGCUGCCGCCACCGCUGCUGUGGCCGCUGCCACCACCCCCGCCGUGGCUGCCAGCAGCAGCAGCACUCCAGGGCCCUCCAGCCCACCCGAGAGCUGGGGGCGCCAGAGCACUGCCAGUUCUCUCGUGGACUCCUCCUUGAGCGCCUUCGCGCUGCUACCCUUGCAAGGGAGCCGCGACGGGGACGGAGACUCCGAGGGCGCGAGCUGCAGCUGGCAGAGACCGCCUGGGGAGCGCGGCUCCCGAGAGAUUCCGCGGGGUGAACUCGACCUGAGCUUGACCGACCUCCGCGGCGACCCUGGUGGCGCGCACUGGGCGCCCAGGCAGCUGGAAGAGCCCGGGGGGCAAGGCGGUCAGCUGCCCAGGACUGGCAAGUAUGGGGCCCUGCGGCGCCGCAGCACCAGUGGGCUCCCCGACUACCGCGCGCCGCUGUCUCCGGAGCCCCCGCCCUCUCCGUGUAGCACGGACUUGGAUUCGAACCUUCUGGCCAAAGCUGCCUCCCCUUCGCCCCCACUGCGACCAGCGGACUCGCCCCCUACCAGACUGGGCUCACCCAGCUCUCAGUCGGAUGACCUACCCUGCAGCAAUAAGGGCUACACCCCGCUGCGGGAGGCCGGCACGUCCUUAGAGUCGAUUGUGGACGCAGUAGCCAGUAAGAGUCAAGACUGUGAGGCCACCUCCUCCCAGGGCGCAGAGGAGCAGAGCCCUCCAGAGAGCCCCCCGGAAGAUCCCAGCCAAGGGCCACCCAGGGUCCAGCCAUCUCAGACAGUGCAGAGGCAGUUUACAAACAAGGAGAAACUCUUCAUGAUUUCCAGGUCUCAUGCCAUCGGGGUAGAGGACGGAGAACUGGAAAGUACUGGCAUUUAGGGAAAGAGGGAGCCGGGAGAAGGAGUGGGAUAAUACUUCCACCUGAAUCAGUGGAUUUAACAGUUCCCUCUUUCUUUGUGGACUCAUCCUAGGAAAUCAUCUAAUACCCAAAGAGCUGCAGAAUGUUAUCCUUGAAUUGUGUUCACAAGAUUCCUGUAGAUAACUCCAAGCAAUUUUUUUAAAAAAGCAAACUAGUCUUCUAUGUCCGAUGGUGAUUGUAUGUUCCAUGAAAACCAAAUGUAUUAAAAGGUCAGCAAUCUAGUUCAUUAGAUAAAAUGCUCUUACUUUUCUUAGAAUCAAAAUAAUAUAUUUUUGACAGUAACUGCACUUUAACUUUUUUUGGAAUCCCUAAUUUCCUCAACCCUGUACUCUGCUGCUGGUUUUGUCCAUAGCUGCUUGUGAAUGACAAGCUUUUUUUCUCCUAUGCUUUUGCGGGUCAUAGAAGGGUUUGAUUCAGUUCUCUCAGAACUGAUAUUACUAGAUGAAGUCAAAGCCAAAAGCACGAGUAUGUCAGGAAAGAGCACUUUCCUUGCCCCAUCCCAUUCUGCUCAUCCAACUGCCCAAAGGCCUCUCUAUUUUUUAAAAGGAUAUUUACAUUUUGCUACUAGGGUUGCUAAUGGAGA